CCAGAUUUCAGCUCGUCCAUGAUAUUGUUCAAGGGACUGGCCUAAAGUGUUGCCAGCCAGAACACCUUACACGCACACGCACACACGCGCACGUACAGCACUUUACCCUCCUCCUUCACUCCAAUUGCAAUCCAUUGGAAUUUCCCCCCCCGUUCUAUCGACUCUCCAGAUCCUUGCGCCGGCCAAAAUGUCAUCCCCCCGACCAACCUCCCCCGUCAACACGGCCUCCACCACCGCUCGCCCAUCCUCGCCAAAGCCUCCUGGUGGCCCGGCGACGGCCAUCCGACGAAAGGCCGCGGCAGACUACAAGGAAAAGACCGCCAACCAGCGGCCGUCGAGCACGCGCGCGGCCGGCGCGGGAGGCUCGUCGAACACCAUGCUUAAGUUGUACACGGACGACUCGCCGGGCCUGAAGGUCGACCCGGUCGUGGUGCUGGUUCUGAGCGUAGGAUUCAUCAUCAGCGUGGUUGCGCUGCAUAUCAUCGCCAAGCUCACCAGGAAGUUCAGCUCGUAAGCGUGGAUGGGCGCUCCACUGCGUGCGGCGAGGACGGCGCAAUGUUUCUCGCCGCCCGCCAUGUCGCUUGACCGCGGACGCCAGCCGUCGGGAGGGCUCGAAGAUCCUGCGGGCGGCCUGGAAGGAUUCAGCGUACUGGUUAUUUUUCUUGUGGCUGUGAAUGCGUUUGUGUGUCUGUGUCUGUGUCUGUGUACUUGAAAUUCAGCGGCCAUGGGCGGAAAAAUGCGAGCGAGGGUUUGCAUCAUUUGGGGGGGCCAAAAAUUCUGGGAUCAGGCAUGGCGAAAGGGAGAAGCUUGCAAUCGUGCUUCUUUUACUCUACCCAACUGCGGUCGUGUGCGCGUUGUAUCAUAUCUUGUCCCACCCUGAGUAUCUUUGCAUAAUUCCGGCGUUCCGUUUUCUAUGCAUCCGGGCUUCUUCCGAUACUCUCUCUUACCUUCUCAGUUCUUUUUCUGACCUUACGAACACGGUGAAG